CUAUUCAGGACAUACAGGAUUGAGAGCAAGAAUGGAAAUAACAUCGCAUUUGAACUUGAUCUAUCAUCUUUCGAAAGAGCUCUGAGGACUGCAGAAACAUCGAAUCUAACAACCAUCAAGUUGGCGAAAAGGGAUGAUCUUGCGUUCCUCAGCUUUGAAAGCACAACCAUGUCCGUAAUACAGGAUGUGCCAAUCGAAGUUCUUUCAUCGAAUGUUUUGCAAGAGGUUCAAGAACCUGACGUUGGCAAACCCGUAGUUCAGUUGCUUUCUCCAUCGCUAAGAAGUUUGCUGAAUGUUGUUGAAAGGUUAAAGAGUGUUGAUGGCACGAUUUGCAUUUCUGGAAAUAUGGCUGGAGAGCUUGAAAUGGAAGCGCGAACAGAAUUUGCAUUCAUGAGUACAACUUGGAAGGACCUUGGCUGUGCUCAACAAGGCAAGGAAUUGGUUAGCAUGCUGUGCCUCACCAUUCUGAAUGGAGAUCAAAUCUGCAGGUCAAGCAAAUGA